GAAAUCAGCCCCAACAACCGCGCAGGUUGCAAGGGCACCGAGUGCAAGGAUAAUAGCGUCAAGAUCACAAAGGGCGAGCUUCGUCAGGCCACUAUGGUCACCAUCCAUGAGCACCAGAGUUGGGCCUACCGUCACUGGGGUUGUGUCACCCCCAAGCAGCUCCAGAACAUGAAGGCUGAGUGCAACAUGGACAUGGACUACGUCGAUGGCUACGAGGAGCUUCCCCAGGACGUUCAGGAGAAGGUCUAUCGCGCUCUUGACCAGGGUCACGUUGAUGAUGAAGACUGGAAGGGCGACCCCGAGUACAACCGUCCAGGAAUGAGCGGCAAUGGUCCUACCAAGGCCGCCAAGGCGAAGAAGGAGGCCGCAGAGGUGACUAUCUCUGUCAUGACAUCCCAUUAUAUACUUACUAACUAA